UUAGCUGGAACAAGUCCUGGCGAUAAUUACUAUUUAAUUCUCCGGCCCUGGUGACCGGCGUGGUCGCACCUUACUGGCUGCCUGAGGAUCCGGGGCCCCCGGGGGCCACACGUCUAUCUAGAGACAACAUGUACAGUGUACGGAUCCGAAGGUUCUCUGCCAGCGCAGGUACAAGGGACGGCACCGCAACUACGAUACCAUUUCCUGCUGUGUGACAUUCCCCUCUCUGUCCUGGAGAUGGCGCUGUUAUAUAUCCUCAUCACUUUGACGCUUCUCUCAUAUCUGGCAGACUGCAGUGACUAUGUCCUACCCAAGCCUCAGUAUGAAGAGGUCCUUGUCCCCCGUUACGGUAAUGCCACCUUGCCCUGUCGUUUCACCUUCAUUGAGGGCACCUAUGACUUGGGCUUCAGCUGGCACCGGGAGGACAUUGUGGAGGAGAUAGAGGUGGAAGACAUCUACGCCUACAUCCAGCAGACCUACGAGUACAAGGAGCCCCAGCUGGUCUACAGCUUCCAUAAGGACAAGGAAGACUACGAAGAGCAGGACUACAACUUCCACGAGCGGGUGAAGGUGGACACCUCCGAGGUCAGUGAAGGGGACUUAACCCUGGUCCUGAGGGAUGUGGACUAUCCAGACGAAGGUUUGUUCACGUGUAAAGCCAUCAGCCCCCACGGUAAAGGGGAAAUCAAGAUGAAGCUCAUGAUACAAGAAGAAGAGGAGCCUCCGGUACAGAUAGAAACCAUUGACAAUGUGACGGUGGCUCGUUGCGUCUCUGCCGGUUGGUACAAGGUGCCCAUUGUGAGGUGGCUGAACCGUCGAGAGGAGGACAUAUCGGAGAACUCCACUGUUGUAAUAUUGGAGGAAACGCAGACUGGAGGUAAAAGGAUCUCCUCAAGUCUGAGUGGGGUCAAGAGCCACGAGAUCUACCGCUGCCUCAUCCGGGACGUCAAGAAAGCGCGAAGAGCCCGGACUUAUUACAGGAAACUAAGGGGUAAUGAGGGAAUAUGGAGAGUUCUGAACCCGCUGCUCAACAUCUCGGAGUCUGAUGUGGAAUACACAGCGAAUCAGGAAUACACAGCGAAUCAGGAAUACACAGCGAAUCAAGAAUACACAGGGGAUCAAGAAUACACAGGGGAUCAAGAAGACCUCGAGGGACCUGAAGGGGCGGGAAACAUCACAACCCAGCCGUGACCUCCCGGACUGAAGAAUAUACUAUAUAAGCGUACGGUGCUCAAGAAAUACAUAGAUGUGUCAUACGUCAGUGGUCUCCAAACUGUGUCCC